CCCUGGCUAGAGUCCUGCAGGCCGGCCCCGGGUGCAGAACAAGGAGCAGCCAGCGCCCCCGUCGACAUGCACGUCCUACCCGUCGCCGUCCUGGCCCUGGCCGCCCUGGCCGCAGUGGAGGCUGCAGCCCCGCAGCUGGUGCGGGGGCGCUGCGCCACCCCUCCCGCCGCGCCGCAGCGGAUCGAGAAGGUGAUCAACGAGUGCCAGGAGGACAUCAAGCUGUCGAUCCUCGAGGAGGCGCUGAGCGUGCUGGGCGAGUCCACCGGCAUCAUCUCCAGGGACGCCAAGACCCGGCAGCCCGGCAAGAGCAGGGCUCGCCGGCAGGCCUUCACCGAGGACGAGAGACGCAUCGCCGGGUGUCUGCUUCACUGUGUGUACAAGAAGGUGAAAGCGCUGAACUCCGCCGGGCUGCCCACGGGCGAAGGACUGGUCAAGCUUUACGCCGAGGGCGUGCAGGACGCGAGCUACUUCCUGGCGACGGCGCAGGCCGUCAACCACUGCCUGGGAGCCGCGCAACAGCAGGGGAGGCUCCUGCCCCAGGCCGUCAAGGAGCCUGGACAAAAAUGCUACCUUGCAUACGACCUGUUUGAAUGUGUCAGCGACCAAAUCAUAGAGUAUUGCGGUGCCUCACCUUAAUGCUUCCUAAAUUCGAUCAUUCAUCUGCCACCGAUCAUUCUCAAUCAUCAAUCAUCUUCCCCAUUUCACCAAAUAGUAUUUAGUUAACGUGUGAUCAUGACCAUCAUACUGUUCCUAAUGGUUUAAAAAGAGAAGUGUGCUUGCCUCCACAAUAAUUCUUAAGAUACAAAUAAUUGUAAUGAACUGAAGAAACUGAACUGGCUUCUAAACCAUCUCUAUUAAUUAAGAAUGUCACCUAGUCACAAAUGAAAUUGUUGUACAAUAAAAUUUAAAUCAAAACAAAGUAAAAGAAUUGUGGUGAAUCACAAUAAUUAACUUUAAAGUUGUGUUCCUUUACCAAAGUAUACUUAACCCAAAAUCUUUCAGUUUUCAUUUGCUUCUUGGUAGAAAAACUGUGGUUGAAGCUGAAGCCAUAAAUAAUUCAUGGUUGCAAAACAUAAAAUAAAAUAGGUUUCAGAUUAACAGAUUUAUUUUAUCUGUCUCAUUGCUCAAAAUUAGCUUAACAAGAACACUUAAUGAAUGAUUGACCAAUAUAUCCAAUAGUAACUGGACUGGAAUGUCCCUUACAUCAAUAAUGCUCUAAGAUAUAAGGUCUGCUUCAGUACAAGGCAUUAUAAAAUGACCAAUUUGAAACUAAUUCAACAAAUGACAUCAAAGGAAAACAAAUCAAUAAAAUAUGCUACCUAAAAAAACAUAUAUGUAACAAAACAUAAAAAUGUUCAGUCAUGUUUAUGGUGCUGAUAAAGUCAGUAUUCAAACCAAACUGAAGGUGCCAUUGAUAAGAUACAUCGCGACCACAUGAUGCGGAAUGGCCUAGAAAAGCAAAAAGCAUUUAAUGUAAAGUCAAUGUGUACGGAGGAUAAAUCACCUACAAUCGACCUAAAUACAUGCUUCUGAAUAAUACUUAAAUACGACUAUGUUUUAUAUUGUGAUGUAUUAUCUAUAACUCCAUAAAUGUAGAGCACUCUUGCUUGUGUACAAUUUAUAUUCAAUCUCAUGCAAUCUUUUGGCUAUUCAUGCCAUAAGUAUUGGCCAGAAAUUUGUUCUAAAAAAAAAAAAAACAUAA